AUGUGCGGAGAUCUGGGAGGCAUAAGCAACAUGUUUCUUGCAAGGAAAAUUUAAGCGACGAGGGGGACACAAUUAAUCCACCCAAAAAGGCCAAGGGAAGUGGAUCGCACUGUGCCACUGAAGAAAUGGCUGAUGAAGACAAGCCUGUACACAAAAAUCAAGCGAAAGAAGAUAAGAAAGCAACGGACCACAGAGAGUGUAAACGUUUUGAGGCGAGCUUACCCAAUGGUAAGAAUACUAGGGAAGCUUCUGCUGAUGGUAUCAAGGGAAAUUCAAAACCCGCAGUUGAUGAUUCUGUGUCAAAUUCAAGUUUGAAAGAAACAAAAGAGCCUGGGCCUUUUGAUUUCCCCGACCCUGAGUUUAAUGACUUCAACAAAGAGAAGAAAGAAGAGUGUUUUUCAGUAGGGCAGAUUUGGGCUUUGUACGAUACACUAGAUGCCAUGCCUAGAUUCUAUGCUCGGAUCACGAAAGUUUUCUCGUAUGGGUUCAAGCUGAGGAUAACUUGGCUAGAACCAGAUCCAGAUGAUGAGAAUGAAAUACAAUGGGUCUGUGAAGGUUUACCCGCUUCAUGUGGUAACUUCAAACAUGGGGUGUCUGAAAACACUGAAGAGCGUAUUAUGUUUUCCCAUUUGAUAUAUUGGGAAAAAGGAACAUCUAGAGACACCUAUAAGAUAUUCCCAAGAAAAGGAGAAACUUGGGCCCUUUUUAAGAACUGGAACAUCAAAUGGAAACUUGGUGCCCAGAAAUAUGAGUAUGAAUAUGUUGAGAUUUUAUCAGAGAAUGCUGAAGGUGUAGGACUACGGGUUUCUUACUUGACUAAGGUCAAAGGGUUUGUGAGUGUCUUCUCUCCAGUGAAUAAGGAUACGUUUCUAAUCCCACCUGAUGAACGAUUCAGGUUUUCACACAGGGUGCCAUCUUUUGUGCUGACUGGUGAAGAGAGACUAGGGGAGCCAAAAGGUUCGUUUGAACUCGAUCCAGCUUCUUUACCUGGAGAAAUUUUUGUUUCCAAGGACUUGAAGUAGGAAAGUAAUGGCAGAGAUCCUAGUAGUUCAUGUCCCAGUGAUUCAGAAACGGGGAAGCCAAUGGUAGGAUCAAAUAGUUCUGUUCCUUCAGCUUCGGCUUCGGCAUCAAAAUCCUUUGAAAUUCCAGAAUCAGAAUUAUACAGUUUUGAUGCCGACAAAAUAAAGGAAAAGCUCCGCAUUGGUCAGAUGUGGGCACUGUAUGGUGAUGAGGAUGGUUUGCCAAAGUAAUACGGUGAGAUCAAGAAAAUCGACUCCCACCCAGUUUUCAGAAUAUGUGAGAUGGCUUUUUCCUAUCCCAUUGGACACAGUCGAGUGGUCUGAUCCAGACAUGCCAACUUGUUGCGGCAAAUUUGACGUUAGAAACAGUUCCCAGGCCUACACCUCCACUGAUUCCUUUUCUCAUUUGUUAAAAGCCGAGCCUACUGGUUCGAAGGGCGAAUACACCAUCGUACCUAGAAGAGGCGAAAUCUGGGCCUUGUAUCGAAACUGGACUCGCGACAUCAAAUGUUCCGACUUGGAGAACUGGGAAUAUGACAUAGUGCAGGUAUUAGAGGAUAACUAUUUCCUCUUCAAGGUUCGUGUUUUAGACAAAGUCGACGGCUUCAAUUCUGUUUUCAAGCCUCAAGUAAAAGAAAGAACGAACGUCACACUCGAAAUCCCUCGGGUCAAUCAGCUUCGUUUUUCUCAUCAGAUUCCGCGUUUCCAGCUAACCAAUGAGAGAAAUGGCAGUCUAAGAGGAUGUUGGGGACUUGAUCCUGCAGCAUUGCCACCACAUUAUUAUUCCUAAUAGGUUUUUGAGUAGCAAGAUCAUCAAGUUUAAUCAUGUAUUCCCUUUUUUCUACAUUAUGUGUACAUUACACGAUGCUCUACAGGUCAAUGGUUUAAAAAACAUAACAUCAUUUGGUUAAUGCCUUAACUUCUGUAGGUGUAAAAGGAUGCCCUUAAAUCUUCAUUGAGUCAUGUUCUGAUGUGAAACAAUUGUAACAUCAAUAUGAUUUUGAGGACUUAAUGUUAAUUCUGUUGUAGUCAUUGCAGAUCA